UCGGAAAUGAAUGCGGAGGGUCGCGGAGGGCAGGGCAGGUCCGUUGCCAGGGCGCGCCGAGGCGCCCGGCAGUGACAGAUGGACAGCAGCAGACGUGGGCGCGCCCGCCGGGGCCGAGGGCUUGAAUGGACCGCGGCGGGCGGGGAGUCGGUGGUUGAGUCCGGCGCUGCGGCGCGGUAGGCGGGACCAAGAGGAGCGAGGCGGGGAUUGGCGGGCGGCCCUAGGCUACCGUGCGUCGGCGGUGACGCACGCCGCGGGGAGGGUACGCGCGCGUUCAGCGGCCUCUUUGUGUGGUGCCCAGAUAGGGGAGCGGAGGUGGCGGCGGUGGCGGCAGGGGCGGCCUUGGGUGCUCGCCCGUCUCCCCGGCGCGCCCUCCUCGCCCGCACCGCUCCCCUCCCUCCCCCUCCUCUUCUCCUUCCCUCCCCUCCCCUCCCCUUCCCCGCCGGUGUCCGGCGGGGGCGGCUCCAGCGACGGCUGGGCCCCAGUUGUGAAGAAGCCUCGGCGACAGAUAACGGCGACGGCGAAACCUCGGGGCUCGCGGGGCGGGGGCAAGGCCCGGGCCGUGGAGAUGGAGAAUUCCCAGCUGUGUAAGCUCUUCAUCGGUGGCCUCAACGUGCAGACGAGUGAGUCGGGCCUGCGCGGCCACUUCGAGGCCUUUGGGACCUUGACGGACUGCGUGGUGGUGGUGAACCCCCAGACGAAGCGCUCCCGGUGCUUUGGCUUCGUGACCUACUCGAAUGUGGAGGAGGCGGAUGCCGCCAUGGCCGCGUCGCCGCAUGCCGUGGACGGCAACACGGUGGAGCUGAAGCGGGCCGUGUCCCGCGAGGAUUCGGCGCGGCCCGGUGCCCACGCCAAGGUGAAGAAGCUCUUUGUCGGGGGCCUGAAGGGAGACGUGGCCGAGGGCGACCUGAUCGAGCACUUCUCGCAGUUCGGCGCCGUGGAAAAGGCCGAGAUCAUCGCCGACAAGCAGUCGGGCAAGAAGCGCGGCUUCGGCUUCGUGUAUUUUCAGAACCACGACGCGGCGGAUAAGGCCGCGGUGGUCAAGUUCCAUCCCAUCCAGGGCCAUCGCGUGGAGGUGAAGAAGGCCGUCCCCAAGGAGGACAUCCACUCCGGCGGGGGCGGCGGCGGCUCCCGGUCGUCCCGGGGCGGCCGGGGCGGCCGGGGGCGCGGCGGGGGGCGAGACCAGAACGGCCUGGCCAAGGGCGGCGGCGGCGGCUACAACAGCUACGGGGGCUACGGCGGGGGCGGCUACGGGGGCUACGGCGGCGGCGGGGGCGGCUCGUCGUACGGGGGCAGCGACUACGGUAACGGCUUCGGCGGCUUCGGCAGCUACAGCCAGCACCAGUCUUCGUACGGGCCCAUGAAGAGCGGCGGCGGCGGCGGCGGCUGGGGCGGUCGCAGUAACAGCGGACCUUACAGAGGCGGCUACGGCGGUGGGGGCGGCUACGGAGGCGGCUCCUUCUGAGAAGCUGGAAAUGCCUGGGAGCGGCUGCAGGGGCGGCCCUGAAACAUGCCGAGUGGGGUCCACUCCUGAGGCCCGUACUCCUCCACCGCCUUCCCCAUUUUGCCCUUGGGGGAGCCGCUGAGGCUGCUUACCCUUGGGAGUGUCCCCCUGUUUACCUGGCACCUCUCGACCCUCCCUCUGAAGAUGGACUAGACCCCCCCCCCCUACAUUUUUGUGUUACAGUCAUUGAUGGACUCUAUUUUUUUAUUAUUACUUGGAACUUGGUCGUUUUUAUACUAGCAAGAUGUCUUGUUUUAAUUUGUGUUUUUUGGGGGGGAGGGAGUGAAUUUGCUCAUUCUGUAGCAAAACCCGGGCGGGUGUUUGGGAGGGGGAGUAGUUUACUUUGUUGUAAGGACUUGAUACCUGGCUACAGCGUUUUCUAUGAUCUACUUGGAUCCCAUGCCUGAAAUUUGGAAGCAUAUGUACAAAAAUCAUUUUUACGUUUUAUUUUUAAUAAAUCAUUGUGUUUGACCGUA